AGGAGAACUAAUAAAGAAGAAUAAAAACUACAUGUCAUAUACAGGCGAUUGGUAACAGUUGUCAUCAGUGAAUUUAUAAUUAUAAAUAGCGUAAGAUCAGCAUUAUCCAUUUAUUACUGGCAUUAUCGAUACUACUUCUCAUGUAAGUGUGAGCAUAGAAUUAACUUACUGAAACUGAACCUAAAAUACAACUUACAGUUACAGUACGGAUUUGAUUAGAACAAAUCGAAGAUAAACACUUGCACUCAAAAGUGAGUUUAUCAUAAAGGAUUUUGAACUGAUUGUUACGAUAAAAGUUUAGAACUUGUAAGACAGCGAAAAAUACUAAAAGUAAGAAAUCAUGGUUCGUUGUUAAUAUUAUGAAAUUAAUGAAAUACAUUGCAGGAAUUUAUAAUCAUCCUCAAACCGUAAUAAAAGGAGAUUCAUAAAAUUUACAAAUUUACUGCUGUCGUGCGACAUCUUAUAAAUUCUUUUACGAAUUGCACUAGAAGGAUGCCACCCAAAAAAUCCAGAUCCGUGCUCGGAGUGAAAACAUUCGACAAAAUUACCACUGAUGGUGAUUUAGCGGUUGGAAAUCAUAACGUCUCCGCGACUUUGACACAACUGCCCGAGAAUCGAAUGAACACCAAGGAUGCGAAAGAUAAAUUGGCUGUCUAUCCCCCUUCGAGCGAUCAGGUGAAUGGUAGCGAUGUCAAUUUCAACCGGCUGGGGGCAUAUCCAAAGAAAAAGAGCACCACUGUACAAAGCAAAGUCAAGCAAAAUUUAUCUAGCCGCGCGCGUAGCAACCGAGUCGGUCAUUGUCAAUUGUGUGUUGAGCGUGAUGACGAUCAGAUGGUUCAAUGUGACAGUUGCGACAAGUGGUACCAUUUCUCGUGCGUAGGAGUGUCAGAAUCAAUUGCUGAUGUGAGUUGGGUCUGUAUUAAUUGCGCGCAAGCAAGGGAUACGACCCUCGCUUCCUCUCCCAACAAAAUCAAUAAAUGUAUAAAUGAAUUUGCAAAAAUCUCUGUGCAGUCGAAGAGCAAGGCGAGCUCCGUUGGCAGUGAUGUCAGACGACGUCAAGUACUCGAACUACAGCUGCUUGAAGAGAAGAAACAACUCGAUAUGAAGUAUUUGGAGAAAAAAUAUCAGAUUUUACUGGAUUUGGAAAAACACAGCGACAGUGAAUGUUCGUCAGUGAUUAGCAAGGCACAAUCAAAUUCAUUUCUAAAGUCAAAGGUAAUGAAAUGGAUUUCGGAUACGGAUGCUUGUGGUGGGGAGGUUUAUUACGAUUCGGAUGAAGACGAACUGAAAACUGAAUCUGGAAGCUCGAAAAUGUCAACAGAGUACAAAGGGCUGAAUCAAGAUCAGUGGCACCGGAAACUAGUUGACAACCAGAGACGACGGCACUUCGGCACUCAGCCAACUACACAACCUGGCGUUAGAAACACUCGUGAGAGCCAGUUUCGCACUCCCGUAGCAAAUACUGGAUCGUGGAUCGAAACCAACGAGUUCAUACCAGGACAGCGAUCCACUCCCGUUAGACGAACAUUUCCCCACGUACAAGGUCACAGUGACGACACGGUCUUUAUCUUGAAUCGAAGUCAAAUCGCUGCACGUCAAGCCGUUUCGAAAGACCUACCAGAAUUCAGCGGCAAUCCGGAAGACUGGCCUUUAUUUUAUUCAAUGUUCAACACUUCCAGUCAAAUGUGCGGGUUCUCCAAUGAAGAAAACAUGUUGCGGCUGCGCAAAUGUCUGAAAGGACGCGCGCUAGAAGCAGUCAGAUGUCGUUUAUUACAUCCAUCAAACGUCACGGGGGUUCUCUGCACACUAAAAAUGCUCUAUGGAAGACCAGAAGCCAUCGUACAAGCGGUCAUAAGAAAGAUUCGUUCGUUACCAUCUCCGAACAUUGAAAAGCUUGAGACAGUAGUGAACUUUGCACUUACGGUGGAGAAUUUGGUUGCUACCAUACAAGCUUGUGAAGUAAAUGACUUUGUAUACAACGCAUCACUUCGUUAUGAGUUGGUAGGGAGGCUACCGUCCACACUGAAGCUCAGUUGGGCCAGGUUUUCGAGAGGAAAUCCUGCUCCGAACCUUCUAGAUUUUAGUACGUGGCUGUACGAGACAGCAGAAGACGCUAGUGCAGUCAUAGACAUCGUAAACAUCGAAAAUCGACCGCGUGGUACUAAACGGGAUGGUUUCUUGAAUAUUCAUUCGGAGCUGAACAUCGAGGAAUCGGAACCAGCCAACCUACAGCAGGAACCAUCUGAACUAAUUAUUACCGAGACGAAGAAGUGCAUGGUAUGCAAAAAGGAUUGUCACUCGGUAGGGAAGUGCAAACAUUUCGUGGAAUUGAGUUACGAUGCGAGAUGGGCGACGGUAAGAGCGGGCAAGCUGUGUCGAAAAUGUUUAUGUAAGCACAACGGAUCGUGCAAACAAGCGAAACCAUGUGGUACUGACGGCUGCACAUAUUUACAUCACCCGCUGUUACACGACCGCGGAGACAAUCGUUCCGAUGAACCAUCCAUACACCCUAUCGAAAGUAAUUGUAACGUGCAUCAAACGCAGUCGGAAAUCUUGUUCCGAAUUGUUCCAGUUAUCUUGCAUGGUCCAACAAAGACAAUUCGAACUUACGCUUUUUUGGAUGAUGGCUCCGAACUCACGCUUUUAGAACGCGAUUUAGCAGAUGAGCUUGGUUUGAAAGGGCCUACGAGUUCUUUAUGCCUCAAAUGGACAGGCGAAACUACGAAGACGGAAAACAGAUCACAGAGCGUGAAUCUUCGUAUUUCCAGCGUGACGAAUCCUUCAAAGAGCUACGGCCUUUCCAACGUUCGAACGAUUGAUAAUCUACAAAUCCGGCCACAAACGCUCUUAAUCUCAGAAUUGCAGCAAAGAUUCCGACAUCUUUUAGGACUACCUAUAGAGUCAUAUAACCUCGUCAGUCCACGAAUUCUCAUUGGUCUAGAUCAUGCCAGCCUUGGGUUCGCGUUGAAGAGUCGCGAAGGUCAGCGUAACGAACCGAUCGCUGUAAAAACACGCCUAGGAUGGAUAGUAUUCGGCAGUUGCGUAGAAGGCACAAGGGCUGAACAAUACGUGAACUAUCACACGUUGCAGGUAUGUCCAUGUAACCGAGAGGAAGGCGAAGAUCUUCACGAAACUGUAAAGAGCUACUUUGCCCUCGAUAGCCUAGGAAUUUUGAAGCCUAAAGAACUACUUCUGUCGCACGAAGAUCAACGAGCACAGUCAUUGUUAGCAUCGCUCACUCGUCCUUCUGAUGGCCGCUUCGAAUCCGGACUUCUGUGGAAAUACGAUACCGUACGACUUCCGGAUAGCUCAUCAAUGGCAUUGCGAAGAUGGAGAUGUUUAGAAAAUCGUUUAAUGAGAGAUUCAAAGUUAGCGUGUGAGUUGAAAGCAAAAAUUCAGCAUCAUAUCGAUAAAGGCUACAUACGAAAGCUUUCGACAGCAGAGUUGAACACAAAACGCUCUCGAGUCUGGUACCUUCCAAUAUUUCCUAUUGUUAAUCCGAAUAAACCGGGUAAAACGAGGUUAGUAUGGGACGCAGCUGCCACGGCCUAUGGCGUCUCACUCAAUUCAGUCUUGCUAAAAGGUCCAGACCAGUUAACAUCCCUACUUUCCGUGCUGAUCCAAUUUCGAGAAUUUCGAAUAGCGGUAUGUGGCGACAUACGUGAGAUGUAUCACCAAGUAAAGAUUCGCGAAGACGAUCAGCACUGCCAACGUUUCCUUUGGAAGACAUGCGAGACAGAUACAGAUCCUAGCGUCUACAUAGUACAGGUUAUGACCUUCGGUGCCUGCUGUUCGCCAAGUACGGCACAAUACGUGAAAAAUUAUAAUGCGCAAAGAUUUCAGAAGGAAUAUCCAACAGCCGUUAACGCCAUUAUAAAUCAACACUAUGUCGAUGACAUGCUUAUCAGUGUAGAGUCAGAAGAAGAAGCUAUACGAAUUGUUCGAGAUGUACAAAGAAUUCACAGGUCAGCAGGUUUUGAAAUGCGGAACUGGACGUCAAACUCACCUAAAGUUAUUUCCGCCAUGAACGAAACUGGUCUCGUCGAAAAAGGCCUCAGCAUCGGCGACGAACACAUCACCGAAAAGGUUCUAGGAAUGUGGUGGAACACAUCAACCGACUGUUUCACUUAUAAAAUGUCAUCCCGAUAUGACCAGCAACUGAUUCGAGGGCAGCGACGACCAACGAAACGCGAAGUACUCCGUACUCUAAUGAUGAUCUUCGAUCCACUAGGUCUAAUCGCGCAUUUCUUGAUGCAACUGAAAACAAUUCUACAGGAAAUUUGGCGAAGCUCGGUCGACUGGGAUGAUCCCAUUGAUGAACCCCAGUUUCGAAAGUGGACUGAAUGGAUAGCAAUGUUACCACAUGUAUCGUCUAUUGAAAUUCCUCGGUGUUAUCGAACCUUUACACCCGCUACAAAGGAAACACAGGUACAAAUGCAUACGUUUGUUGACGCCAGUGAGAAUGGUUUCGCGGCAGUGGUUUAUUUACGAUUUCAAAACGAAAGUACAAUCGAAUGCUGUUUAGUAGGAGCAAAAACUCGAGUGGCUCCGCUCAAAUUCCUUUCGAUUCCAAAAUCUGAACUGCAGGCUGCGGUACUAGGCGUGAGAUUGGCGGAUACUAUGGCGAAAUCAUUAGCUAUCAAGAUCAAACAGCGCUUUUUUUGGACUGAUUCUAGAGACGUUCUCUGCUGGCUCAAUUCUGAUCAUCGCCGAUACAGUCAAUUUGUUGCAUUUCGCGUCAGUGAAAUCUUAGAAACGACGAACGUUCACGAGUGGCAAUGGGUACCAACAAGGCAGAACGUAGCCGACGACGGAACGAAAUGGGCGCGAGCUCCGGAUAUGACAGCGUCCAGUCGAUGGUACCGAGGGUCUGAAUUUCUAUGGCAACCAGAGGAAGCAUGGCCCGUCGCUCCCUACACAUUCGGAUCAACCACGGAAGAAUUGCGACCUCAUCUCUUGCUUCAUACCGCAGUAGUAGAACCAAUAGUAGAUCCAUUAGAUUUCUCAGAAUGGUCAAAAAUACUACGUCGAAUGGCGUAUGUAAUCCGUUUCGUUAAUAAUCUUAAACAAACUAUAAAUAAACAUCAAAGGUAUACUGGUCCUUUAACUUGCAAUGAGCUGAAAAUGGCAGAAAACUACAUGUUUCGACUCGCACAGUGUAGUAUUUACGCAGAUGAAAUAGCUGUUUUGAAAGCGCCUCAUAACCAGUCACGAAAACUUCUGAAAAACAGUCCCCUUCGACGGUUGUGUACCUUCCUUGAUAAGGAUGGCAUUUUGCGAUCCCGCGGCCGUACACAGGAAUGUCAUUUCGCAGAUUACGAUGCCGCGAAUCCAAUAAUUCUACCACCCAAUAACCAUAUCACCAAACUUAUUGUACUCGAUGCUCACAAACGAUUUAAUCAUCAGAAUCAUGAAACGAUAAUCAACGAGGUUCGGCAGCGUUUCUGCAGCCCAGGUCUGAAGGCUACAUACCGCGCUAUACGAAAAUCUUGUCAACAUUGCAAAAACGAAAAGGCAGCUCCACAGCCACCAGCGAUGGCCGAUUUACCAUACGCUCGACUUGCUGCUUUUUGUAGACCCUUUACGUACAUGGGAAUCGACUACUUUGGCCCGAUGAUAGUAUCAAUCGGCCGACGCACAGAGAAACGUUGGGGGGUCAUUGCAACAUGUCUUACCACUCGUGCCAUUCACUUAGAACUCGCUCACACACUGACGACCAGUUCCUGUAUCAUGGCAAUACGCAACAUUUUUGCUAGAAGAGGUAUCCCGGCAGUGAUCUACAGCGACCGCGGUACAAACUUUCAGGGCGCUAGCAAGGAGAUGCAGACUGCACUGGAGAAACUUGAUCACGAUCAAUUGAUGCAGGAAUUCACGACAUCUAGAACGGAAUGGAAAUUCAAUCCUCCAGCUUCCCCUCAUAUGGGUGGAGCUUGGGAACGGCUUAUACAGUCUGUGAAAAAAAACCUAAAUGUGCUUCAGCGGAAUUCCUCACCAACCCAUGAAGUACUUCAAAACGCGUUAGUAGAAGUGGAAAAUUGUUAA